AUGGAGGCUCCAUCAGAGGCACAAUUACCGAGAAGAACUGGAGGAUGGAUCACCUUCCCCUUUAUCAUAGCGACCACGGUCGGGUUGGCCCUAGCAUUUGUGGGUUGGACAAGCAAUCUUAUUGUGUAUCUGAUUAAGGAAUUUGAUGUGGGGAGUAUUGAUGCUGCUCAAAUAUCAAAUUUAGUUAAUGGUGCUGGAAGCUUAACUCCUGUCAUUGCUGCAAUUAUUGCCGACUCUUUUCUUGGUUGUUUCACUACCAUUUGGAUUUCAUCCAUCAUCUCAUUAUUGGGCACAAUCCUUUUAGCUUUAACAGCUACAGUUGAUUCUUUAAGGCCUAAACCAUGUGAAGUUGGUUCAACCUCAUGUACCCCUAAAUCAAAAGGUCAAUACGUACUACUCUAUACAGCCAUAGUUCUAGCAACAUUGGGUAGUGGUGGUAUCCGAUCAACCCUUGCGACGAUUGGAGCCAAUCAGCUAGCUGAUAAACCAAAGGAUCAAGGGAUUUUCUUCAAUUGGUUCUUCUUCUUUUGGUAUUCUGCUUCUGUUGUAGGAUCAACGGCUAUUGUGUAUGUUGAAGAUAACGUGAGUUGGAAAGCUGGAUUUUUCAUUUGUGUAGCAGCUAAUGUACUUGGUGCAGCCAUUUUCCUAUUGGGAAGCAAAUUUUACAUUAAGUUUAAGCCAGAAGGAAGUCCAUUUACCAGUUUGGCUCGUGUUAUUGUUGCUAGUAUUACCAAAAGACAAGUUGCACUUCCAUCGAUUCCUGAGGAUUUCUUCCAAGGAUCAUUGAAAUGUCUUAUAUAUGAUUGUAGGUUUUUGAACCAUGCUGCCAUUAUAAGUGAAGGUGACGUAAAAUCAGACGGUUCAAUAAGUAAUCGAUGGAGGCUAUGUUCAGUACAAGAAAUAGAAGAUUUCAAAACCUUAAUUAAAAUCUUACCACUUUGGUCUACUAGUUUUUUUCUUGGCACAACAAUUGGCGUACAAGCAAGCUUGUCAAUCCUUCAAGCCUUAGCAAUGAACCGCCACAUAGGACCCAAUUUCCAAAUCCCAUCUGGAUCCGUACUCGUUUUUGUCCUCCUAUCUACUACUCUAUUCCUCGCCCUGUUCGAUAAAUUUAUUCUACCUACGUGGAAGAAUUUGACUGGAAAAUCGCUUACACCUCUCCAGCGAAUUGGGAUUGGACACGUGCUCAAUUUUUUGAGUAUGGGGGUUUCAGCCUUAGUCGAGUCAAAGAGACUAAAUGUAGCAAAAUCAAAUGAAAGUUCCAAUAUUGUGCCCAUGUCAGUGUUAUGGCUUGUGCCACAAUUAGUCAUCGUUGGUAUUGCGGAGGCACUUUAUUUUCCUGGACAAGUAUCAUUGUACUACCAAGAGUUUCCAAUAACCUUAAAGAACUUGGCGAUCGCGAUGAUUUCUGUGCUUGUUGGUAUAUCAUUUUACUUGGCUACUGCUCUGAUCGAUGUUGUUAGAAGAACAAGUAGAUGGUUACCAGGUGACAUAAAUAAUGGAAGAAUGGACAAUGUGUACUGGAUAUUGGUUAUAGGGGGAGUAGUGAACUUUGGUUACUAUGUAAUAUGUGCUUGGUAUUACAAGUAUCAAAACCUCAAGCAAGUUGAUUCUCCUUCUGAUGAGUGAUCUAAGGAUCCUCAAACUUGUGAGUGUUUAGAGAGAGCAAUAAUUUAUCAUCAAUCUGCAAUUAGUGAAAAAAUAACUGUGUAAUCUAAAA